GGAAAGCCUGUGACUGAGGCGAGUCUAUAAAGGGAGAGGGCGGGAGUCUGGAGGCUGGUUUUUAAACAGCUCGAGCGAGCCGGGCAAGGCUCUAACAUUCUGCGGGAGAGAAAGCAGCACCUCCUCGACCACCCUUCCCAGAUAACUGGGCAACCCAACUGCUGCUGGACCUGGACCGGGAUCGGGGGAGACGCCGUGCACAGCGAUGGCAGGCGGCAUGAGGUGUACCCGCAAGCUGAAGCAGUGGAUGGUCCAGCAGGUGGACAGUGAGAAGUACCCGGGCCUGGUCUGGGAGGACCGCAAGCUGGGAAUGUUCCGGAUCCCCUGGAAACACGCGGGCAAGCAGGACUACAGGCACGACGAGGAUGCCGCCAUCUUCAAGGCUUGGGCCAAGUUUAAGGGGAAGUACAAAGAUGGAGACAAGGUGGACCCGGCCACCUGGAAAACCCGCCUGAGGUGCGCUCUGAACAAGAGCAGCGAGUUCCAGGAGGUCCCUCAACGCUCGCAGCUCGACAUCUCCGAACCUUACAAAGUCUACAAGAUCCUCGAGGACAGCGUUGAAAAGAAGAAGUCACCAUCACCCAUUCCCCUGAGCUCAGUCAAGGUGGAGAGCAGCGAGAGUGUUGGAACAGAGAGGUCGCAGCCCAGCUCCCCCAGCCCCCAGCUGGAAACGACAGAGCAGGCAGCAAGUGACUCUCCUGUUCCUGUUUCUCAACAGGCAGCAAGUGACUCUCCUGUUUCUGUUUCCCAACAGGCAGCAGGGAGUGACAUCCCUUCAAUCGAUUCCCAGCAGAUGGAGAGUGACAGCAGCUGCGAUCCAAGCUCUGGCUCUGAAAUGUCCACCCAGGAAGAAGGUUUGGGUGAAAUCGCCUCACUGGAAUGGAGCCUGACCCCCAGCACUGAAGUCCCGAACAACUACACGAUUAGCAUCAUCAGUUCGAUGGCGCCAAGCCUUCCAGAGAAAGGCCCCAACUCGAUGUUUGUCUCGUUCUGCUAUGGUGGCGUGCAGGUCGGCAGCGAGGUGACGCGGCACGGCUGCAAGAUCUCCUCGUCGGCGCCCCCUUCCUGCAGCGACGACUCCUUCGGCUCGCAGGCCAUGGAGAAGCUGCGCUUCCCACCGACGGGCGCCAUCGCCAGCCCCGAGAAGCGGAGGGCAACCGAGGAGCUGUUGACCUUCCUGGAGCGUGGGGUCAUGCUGGACAGCAACACCAACGGGAUCUUCGUUCAGCGCCUGUGCCAGGGCCGGGUCUUCUGGACUGGGCCCUGUGCCCCUCAGCCCAACCAGCCCAACAAGCUGGAGAGGGAGAAGGUGGCGAAACUGUUUGACCGGAAGAAAUUCGAGCAGGAUCUGGAGCUGUACCAGACGAUGGGUGGCGUCAUCCCCCAGUACCAGGUGACACUGUGUUUUGGCGAAGAACUAACCGAGACAGAUUCUCCCACCGACAAACUCAUCACCGUCCAGAUUUACCAAAUGGCAGCCAAGCAGCUGCUCGACCGUGAGGUGGAGCUGCAGACCACGUCCCUCAUCCUCAGCCAGCUGAGCCCCGAGAACUUCAGCGACCGCGUCACGCACGCCCUCCGCGAGGCCUCCAGCAGCCUGUACGGGAUCUCGUAACUGGCAACGAGGGGAGGCGGCAGGAGUGAAGGGGAGGUGGGGAGUGGAGGGAUGUGGGAGUGGAGCGGAGCGGCGGCAGUGAAGACCCGUGCCCGACCCUCUCACCUCCCUUUGGCGCCGCCGCACUUAUCCACACCCUCACCCGACCCAACCCCCACCUCACGUCGGUCAACGGCGACAGAAACGAGAAAAUGCGUUCGGCGUCUCCAAGAUGGCCGCCAGCCUCCGUCGCCAGGGCAAACGAGGCAUUUCAACACCGUCAACCGGCCCUCGCGCAGCUUGGGACGGACGGGACUUUUUAAACAUGGCUCAACCACGACCGUCUGCAGUCAUGACCUUUCACCCCGGUGGGUGUUGGGGGGGG